AUGGCUUUAGUCUAUAGAACUAUGAUGCAAUUAAGUGGCAUUUUGGUUUCUUUUCUAGGAUGGGUUCUAUCCUGCCUCACCACCUAUCUACCUCAAUGGAAAAAUCUCAAUUUAGAAUUAAAUGAAUUGGAGAUCUGGACCAUGGGACUCUGGCAAGCUUGUGUUGUCCAAGAGGAAGGGGGAAUACAAUGCAAGGAUUUUGAUUCUUUCUUGGCUUUGCCUCCUGAGCUCAGGAUUUCUAGGAUUUUAAUGUUUUUUUCCAAUGGAUUAGGACUUCUGGGCCUCUUGCUCUCAGGCUUCGGGUUGGACUGUUUGAAGGUUGGUGAGAGACAACACGAACUAAAGAAACGGCUGCUACUGCUUGGAGGAAUAGUAUUCUGCGUAUCGGGAAUUAUAGCCAUAGUCCCAGUUUCUUGGGUUGCCCACACUACAGUCCAGGAAUUUUGGGAUGAGACUAUCCCAGAUAUUGUCCCCAGGUGGGAUUUUGGGGAAGCACUAUUUAUUGGCUGGUUUGCUGGAUUUUGUCUUAUACUAGGAGGAUCAUUGCUUAAUUGUACAGUCUGCUCAACUGAAAUCCAUUCAUCCUCUGUCCAUUAUGCAGCAGCAGAAGUACAAGAUCACUGUCAACACUUGGAAACUGAAAAUAGACCUGAAAAUCUAAGAGCUUAAGAAGUGUAGAAGGACUCUUCUCUUUUCAAACUCUGCUUGUUCCAGCAAUGAUUCAAAGGACUCUUUGUUACCUAGCUGAUUCACAAAACUUGUGUGUCUAAUUCUUUCUUCCUUUAACUGUUAUUUCAAAGCAGUGUUUUCCCUCACUUGAAGAACUGUUAAACCUUUUGUUUCACAGCAGGACAUUAAAGCUACCAUGGACUGUGGAGAAGAACCACCACAACUUUGUUUGCUGUCUAACUGAACUGUGAAACCCCCCAAAAGAAUAAGCAUGCUCUUUUUAUAGUUUGGUUGACAGCCAAAAUGUAAGUUUCUUUUUCAUAUGAAAUCAAUUAAAUGAGAUUCAAAGCUUUUA